UUCACUAUCGGUCCCUGCCUGCCCCGUGCUGCCUUGGACGGUGUCUCAGCGAAAACUCUCCGUUCCCAGUCACCUCGGGCGGUGUGGGCGUGGCUUGCGGCGGCCACGCCCCUCGCCCGGCCCAGUUCUAGCGUUCGCGUCUCGGUUUUCAAGGGUCCGCGUCUGUGGAAUACCCACCACCCCACGCACGGCGGAGAUGCCGGAGCGGGUCUGUAGGUGUAGAAAGGAGGAAGAUGUGUCGCCCGGAACUAACCCUGAACCCAGCUCAGCUUGAAAUGGACAUGGGAGUGGCAAAGCCUUUCCCCCUAGAUCAGCACCCAGCUUUUCAGCUCCCACCCCUAGUGCAAGCAUAACGCAAGGUACCAAGCCUGUCACCGUGAUACUGAGGCCCACUGGUGCCGUGUCAGGAGCCAGAUGGGAUCCCCGAGUGUGUCCUAUGAGUGCCCUUCUCCCAACACAGGGGUCUCUGAGUUUGGAGGACCCAGUGGCAUCUUCUCUUUGAGCUGCUUUGGUAUGGCUUCACUGGUUCUGUCUCUGUGAAUCUCGAUGGGGUCGCACAAUAGAUGACAGCGUGCGUGGCCACACCGGUGCACCCUGUGGCCACGUCUUCCCACUGCCACCGAUCUGUUCUCACGAACUCGCUGCCGAACUCCACAUCCAGAAGCGGCUCCUGCUGAUGUCACGUGUUCACAUACCCUCCCUCACAGACACCCACUGACGGCACAUCCCAGGUUCCUUUUUCUACAGCAAACCCAGCCCAGUCCUACCAGCCGUUGUAACGGAGACUUUGGACCCCAGGGGGAGGGGUGGGCCUUCACAGCCUGUGAUUCCUAGCCUAGCCGUAUAGGGGCGUGGCCUUCCUACCCAUACCCAGCUGUGAUCGUUAGUUCCUUUGGAGAUGCAAAUCUCCAGCAACCCACGCCCUCCCUUCACUGGGCAAAGGUUAGCCUGAUUGGUUUACACACUGGAUGCAGAGAGCAGUGAGACUCUCCUCAAUGUGAGUGUGCAAGGCAUGCACGUGAGCGUGGGGUGGCGUGUUGAGCUGCGGACAGACUCCUUUCUUGGGCCAGGAGUUGGUAACUGAUUACCGUAAAGUGGUUGGCUUAAAACAACAGGCCUUCUUUCAUGAUUCCGGUGGCCAGAAGUUCAGAGUCAAGAACUGAUGAACUCUAGCUUCAGUGAGAGAAUCAAGUGGAGCUGUUCUCCUUCAAAAGGCUCAGAAGCCCUCCUGUAGGUCUGCAGUCACAGCCUGAGAGAAUCAGACAGAAAGAUCCCUGGGGUCAGUGGCCCAUCUAGAAGAAAUGACCUCCAGCUUCUCGGAGAGAUUCUGCCUCAAAAACUAAGGCAGAGAGCCACCGAGGAAGACAGGACAUCAACCUCUAACCUCCACGUACACACACACACACGCACACAUGCACCCGAACGUGCCCAGAGGAGCCCUGGCUAACGUGUUCAGUGUUACCUGUGUGCAGGUAUGGCCUUGCCCAGCAGUCAGUGAUGGCCUUGCCCCGGUGAGCGAAAGCCUGACCCCAUCACCUGCUUGUCACCAGCCAGCAGGAUGCGGCUGUGGAAGGCGGUGGUAGUGACGCUGGCCUUCGUGAGCAUGGACGUCGGCGUGACCACGGCCAUCUAUGCCUUCAGCCACCUUGACCGAAGCCUGCUGGAGGACAUUCGACACUUCAACAUCUUCGACUCGGUGCUGGACCUCUGGGCUGCCUGCCUGUAUCGCAGCUGCCUGCUGCUGGGGGCUACCAUUGGUGUGGCCAAGAACAGUGCUCUGGGGCCAAGGCGCCUGCGGGCCUCGUGGCUGGUCAUCACCCUCGUGUGCCUCUUUGUGGGCAUCUAUGCCAUGGCCAAACUGCUACUCUUCUCAGAGGUGCGCAGGCCCAUCCGGGACCCGUGGUUCUGGGCGCUCUUCGUGUGGACCUAUAUCUCGCUGGCCGCCUCCUUCCUGCUGUGGGGGCUGCUGGCCACUGUGCGGCCUGAUGCAGAGGCCCUGGAGCCUGGGAACGAGGGCUUCCACGGGGAGGGCGGGGCCCCUGCUGAGCAGGCGUCGGGGGCCACACUGCAGAAGCUGCUGUCCUACACCAAGCCUGACGUGGCCUUCCUAGUAGCUGCCUCCUUCUUCCUCAUCGUAGCGGCGCUGGGUGAGACCUUCCUGCCCUACUACACAGGCCGGGCCAUCGACAGCAUCGUGAUCCAGAAGAGCAUGGACCAGUUCAGCAGAGCUGUGGUUGUCGUGUGCCUUCUGGCCAUCGGCAGCUCAUUGGCCGCAGGUAUUCGGGGCGGCAUUUUCACCCUCGUAUUUGCCAGACUGAACAUUCGCCUCCGGAACUGUCUCUUCCGCUCACUGGUAUCGCAGGAGACAAGCUUCUUUGAUGAGAACCGUACAGGGGACCUCAUCUCCCGCCUCACCUCUGACACUACCAUGGUCAGCGACCUGGUCUCCCAGAACAUCAACAUCUUCCUGAGGAACACGGUCAAGGUCACGGGCGUGGUGGUCUUCAUGUUCAGCCUCUCCUGGCAGCUCUCCCUGGUCACCUUCAUGGGCUUCCCCAUCAUCAUGAUGGUGUCCAACAUCUACGGCAAGUACUACAAGAGGCUCUCCAAGGAGGUCCAGAGUGCCCUGGCCAGAGCCAGCACCACGGCGGAGGAGACCAUCAGUGCCAUGAAGACCGUGCGCAGCUUCGCCAACGAGGAAGAGGAGGCGGAGGUGUUCCUGAGAAAGCUGCAGCAGGUGUACAAGCUGAACAGGAAGGAAGCGGCGGCUUACAUGUCCUACGUCUGGGGCAGCGGGCUCACACUCCUGGUGGUCCAGGUCAGCAUCCUCUACUACGGGGGCCACCUCGUCAUCUCGGGGCAGAUGAGCAGUGGCAACCUCAUCGCCUUCAUCAUCUACGAGUUUGUCCUGGGAGACUGCAUGGAGUCGGUGGGCUCCGUCUACAGCGGCCUGAUGCAGGGAGUGGGAGCUGCCGAGAAAGUGUUCGAGUUCAUCGACCGGCAGCCAACCAUGGUGCACGAUGGAAGCUUGGCCCCUGAGCACCUGGAGGGCCGGGUGGACUUUGAGAAUGUAACCUUCACCUACCGCACUCGGCCCCAUACGCAGGUCCUCCAGAAUGUCUCCUUCAGCCUGUCCCCAGGCAAAGUGACGGCCCUGGUGGGGCCCUCGGGCAGCGGGAAGAGCUCCUGUGUGAACAUCCUGGAGAACUUCUACCCCCUCCAGGGAGGCCGAGUGCUGCUGGAUGGCAAGCCCAUCGGCGCCUAUGACCACAAGUACCUGCACCGCGUGAUCUCCCUGGUAAGCCAGGAGCCUGUGCUGUUUGCCCGAUCCAUCACAGACAACAUCUCCUAUGGCCUGCCCACCGUGCCCUUCGAGAUGGUGGUAGAGGCUGCGCAGAAGGCCAAUGCCCACGGCUUCAUCAUGGAGCUGCAGGACGGGUACAGCACAGAGACUGGGGAGAAGGGAGCCCAGCUGUCAGGUGGCCAGAAGCAACGGGUGGCCAUGGCACGUGCCCUAGUGCGGAACCCACCUGUGCUCAUCCUGGACGAAGCCACCAGUGCCCUGGAUGCAGAGAGUGAAUACCUGAUCCAGCAGGCCAUCCACGGCAACCUGCAGAGACACACCGUGCUGAUCAUUGCACACCGGCUGAGCACCGUAGAGCGGGCGCACCUCAUCGUGGUACUAGACAAGGGCCGUGUGGUGCAGCAGGGCACACACCAGCAGCUGUUGGCACAGGGCGGCCUCUAUGCCAAGCUGGUACAGCGUCAGAUGUUGGGGCUGGAGCACCCCUCAGACUACACAGCUGGCCACAAGGAGCCGCCCAGCAACAGCGAACACAAGGCCUGAGAGCCAGGCUGGCCUGACAGCGUCCUGCCACGCCCCACUCUUGCUUCCUGCAUAUUGCCUCCUUCCAUCUGCUCCCCAGGCACCAUGGGCUGCCAUGGGCUACCCCUCCUCCACUGUCUCCCUUCUUGGCUCCUCCAGGCCUGCCAAGGUAGAGCAGCCUUUUUAAACCAAGUCACCAGGGUUUUUACUGCUCAGCUCAGUGCACUCCAGUCAACUCCUAGAUUUCAAAAACUCUUUUCUUUUGGGGACUGGCACUGAGCAAGCUCACUGAUAUGUUCUCAAGACCUCUGAGCCAGGAGUGCACGACCCUUUCUAACCACCUGGAGGAUGUCUGGAAGAGAACUAAGCACUACCCUUUGCCCCUCUGGAGAAGCGGCUUUCCUGUCCCCUAGGGGGACACAAGGUCUGGCCUUCCAUCCUUCUAGUCUCCCUGAUCUGUGAGUCAGGCCAGGGGUGGGCAAGGGAGUGGAGGUGGCCGACUGCCCAUCACCCCCCUGCCAAUCAAAGCCAGUCUCACUGUGAACCACCGGAACCUCAGAAGAGGAGGGGCUGGCCAGGCCUGGUGGGCCUCGGGGUGCCUCCAGCCCCACACCCAGCACUUGAGCCCUUCAUCCUUUCCCCUGGCUGGCACCCUUCCUCCCUGUCCACCCCUGCUACUCUGCAGAGGACCCUUGUUUUUUGUGAGAUGUUCUCAGAUUGGUGGAGGGAGACCAAGGCAAUGGCCAGGGUCUGGCUUUGUCCUGGUCUCAAGAUUUGGGGAGAACUGGGUCAAUAAAGUGUACUACCUCUGA